CGAUGGGGGCUGUUGCUCCAACCUGAUCGAGUCCAUUUGCCAAUUCACCGGUCGCAUCACUUCCGGAUCAGUCCUCAGUUUCUGCUGCAGAGGAGACCACCCAAGCCAUGGCUGAGAGGAAGCAGUCUGGCCGGCAGGGCGAGGAAGAAGAAGUGCCGGCCUUCUUCAAAAACCUGGGCUCAGGCAGUCCCAAGCCCCGGCAGAAAUUCUGUGGCAUGUUCUGCCCGGUGGAAGGCUCUCUGGAGAACAAGACCAUCGACUUCGACUCCCUCUCGGUGGGCCGCGGAUCUAACAAAGUCGUGGCAAAGCAGAAGGACGUUGCCCACCUGGGUCCGGAUGCUCAGUCCGUCUAUUCCAGGCAGAGCGGGAAGGGAGGGGAACCAUCUGUUGAUUUCGGGAGAAAGGUGGAGAUCAGGAGUGCCACUGGGAAGGAGGCGCUGCAGAACCUGAAUGACAAGAGUGAUCGUCUUUUGAUCAAAGGUGGUAAAAUAGUUAAUGACGACCAGUCUUUUUAUGCAGACAUUUACAUGGAAGAUGGAUUGAUAAAGCAAAUAGGAGAGAAUCUGAUUGUGCCAGGGGGAGUGAAAACUAUUGAAGCCCAUGGCAGGAUGGUGAUUCCUGGAGGGAUUGACGUUCACACCCGCUUCCAGAUGCCGGAACAGGGGAUGACAUCUGCUGAUGACUUCUUCCAAGGGACCAAGGCUGCACUGGCUGGGGGCACCACCAUGAUCAUUGAUCAUGUGGUUCCUGAGCCAGGGACCAGUUUGCUGACUGCGUUUGACCAGUGGCGAGAAUGGGCAGACAGCAAAUCCUGCUGUGACUACUCUCUGCAUGUGGAUAUCACCGAGUGGCAUAAAGGUGUCCAGGAGGAGAUGGAAGCCCUGGUUAAAGAUCAUGGUGUGAACUCCUUCUUGGUUUACAUGGCUUUCAAAGAUCGCUUUCAGCUAACUGAUUCUCAGAUAUAUGAGGUCCUGAGUGUAAUCCGGGAUAUUGGUGCGACAGCUCAAGUGCAUGCUGAGAACGGUGACAUCAUUGCUGAGGAGCAGCAAAGGAUCCUGGAACUGGGGAUCACAGGCCCUGAAGGGCAUGUGUUGAGCAGACCUGAAGAGGUGGAGGCGGAGGCUGUGAACCGGGCAAUAACCAUUGCCAACCAAACCAACUGCCCCCUUUAUAUCACCAAGGUGAUGAGCAAAAGUGCCGCUGAUGUCAUUGCUCAAGCCAGGAAAAAGGGCACUGUGGUGUAUGGAGAGCCCAUCACAGCCAGCCUGGGUACCGAUGGAUCUCAUUACUGGAGCAAAAAUUGGGCUAAGGCGGCAGCUUUUGUUACUUCCCCACCACUGAGUCCUGACCCAACCACUCCUGAUUUUCUCAACUCACUACUGUCCUGUGGAGACCUCCAAGUUACUGGCAGUGCCCACUGCACCUUCAACACUGCUCAGAAAGCUGUUGGGAAGGACAACUUUACCCUGAUCCCUGAAGGAACCAAUGGGACUGAAGAGAGGAUGUCCAUCAUCUGGGAUAAGGCUGUGGUGACUGGCAAGAUGGAUGAGAACCAGUUUGUCGCUGUGACCAGCACAAAUGCAGCUAAAAUCUUUAACCUGUACCCACGGAAAGGCCGUAUUGCAGUGGGCUCGGAUGCUGAUCUGGUUAUCUGGGAUCCUGACAGUGUCAAGACAAUCUCCGCCAAGACUCAUAACAUAUCUCUGGAGUACAAUAUCUUUGAAGGCAUGGAGUGCCGUGGAUCUCCCCUGGUGGUUAUCAGCCAGGGGAAGAUCGUGCUGGAGGAUGGGAACCUCCAUGUCACCGAGGGAUCUGGACGGUAUAUCCCCAGGAAACCAUUCCCUGACUUUGUUUACAAGCGCAUCAAAGCAAGGAGCAGGCUGGCUGAGCUGCGGGGUGUGCCUCGAGGCCUCUACGACGGACCCGUCUGUGAAGUGUCAGUGACACCGAAGACCGUCACACCAGCAUCUUCAGCUAAGACAUCUCCUGCCAAACAGCAGGCCCCACCCGUGAGGAACCUGCACCAGUCUGGAUUCAGCUUGUCUGGGGCACAGAUCGAUGACAACAUCCCACGCCGCACGACUCAGCGCAUCGUGGCACCGCCCGGCGGACGUGCCAACAUCACCAGCUUGGGCUAAGGACCGACCCCUUCUGUGCCCGCCUAGCGGACCAGGGGACAGGGGCACCUGGAGACCCUUUUUGAUUCUUUUAGAGCCUGUGACAGUUACUGCGGGCAACCAGUGAGGGGGGGCUGAAGUAAGGCACCUCCUUCAGUCCCCUCAGAUUCCCUCCUCAUCUUCACCAACCCCUCUCACUUCCCCCCUCAGCCCCUACACAUUUAAAGAAAUAAACCCUGUUUUGACACCUCUGACAUGCAAAAGUAAAUGUAAAGAGGGUGUUUGAGAUAUGUGGCCUCUGUCCCAUUCAGCAUCUUUCUUUUAAUAAAGGAAGGACAAAGUGAAUUUCCCUGGAGCUGCCUUUAAGACACACACAAAAAAGGAAUAAAUAAAUAAUAAAUG